AAAGUGUCAGACCUCAGUGAAAGAGAAAGGAGAGAACAGAGAAAGAAGUGGCAAGAAAAGAAGAAAAAGCUUAGGGAUAAAGCAAGAGCCAGCGUAAUGACCACUCCACCUCGAAGUCGAGACAAUGCAGCACAACAAGGGCCCUCAAGGCAAUACGUUGUUGGACGGAACAAUGUCAGAAGGGGGAGAAGGAGGCUCCAGAACCAGAUUGAAAAACUGGAGGCCACAUUGAAGAGAGAAAUUAGAAAAAUGUACAAAUACAAAAAGAGAGACCAGCGUUUGGCUGGGGAGAACAAAUCCCCUCGGUCUAGGGUGAAUUACCUGCUUCGCAAUCAAAUAGUUAAGGACACAAUUAGAAAAAGAUUGUUAUUGCAGGAAGCCAUAAUUGAAGACAUCAGAAAUAAAUACAAACACACCCGGAAGGAACGAGAGAAACAAAUAAUUGCUAAAACAACAAUAGGAAAGAUUAUCGAGAAAUACAGGCUGCAGAGGGAUGCACAGAAAAUUCUUGGCUUUUCAAAAAAGCGAGGUCAAAGACCAGAUGGAGCGCUGUUGACAUUUGAAAGAAAAGUGAGCAACAGAUUACCUGCUGAAUGCAAAGCAAAAGUAAAAGCAUUCUAUUUGAGAGAUGACGUCAGCCGGAUGACAACGGGACGAAAACAAACUGUCACUCAAAAGAAGACGAAAAAUCAAAAACGUUUGCUAACUGACACGAUGAAAAAUCUGCACCAGAAAUUCCUUUCUGAGCAUCAACAUCGGGUCUCUUACUCGUGUUUCUGCACCUUGAGACCAUUUUGGGUUGUGGUGCCAACAGAAGCUGAUCGAGAAACCUGUCAGUGUAAAACUCAUGAGAACCUACAGUUCAUGGCCAACACUCUAAACAGCCAAGGCAUGUCAGCUACAAAAAAUAUUGAGGAAAUGGUAGAUGCAACCAUGUGCAAUCCAAAAUCCAAACUCUGUGCAUACGGCGAGUGUAAAGACUGUGUUUACACAACACAUAAAAUGCUGAGAGCUCCUGAAAACAUAGAGGUAGGUAUUACCCAGUGGUCUUUGGAAGCCAACAUCCAUAAUGGAGAGGAGCCAGGGAAAAGGUCAACAAUCACUGUCAAGAAAAAUGUGAUGACAACAGAGGAUGGACUUGCAUGUGACUUUCAUGACCGACUGUUCAGAUUUAGAAGGCACAUAUUUAACAUUCGGUGGCAGUAUGGAGCCUAUAGACAACUAAGGGAAAACUUGAGGAGCAAUGAAUGUCUAAUUCAUGUAGAUUUCAGUGAAAAUUACUCCUGUAAGUACUCUAAGGAAAUUCAAUCUGUCCAUUUUGGAGGUUCCCACCAGCAAGCAACCCUGCACACUGGAGUGCUUUACACAGCAGCUGAACUGUCUCCAGUGACUUUCACCACCAUUUCACCUUCCAGACGCCACGAUCCCCAGCCAUCUGGGCCCAUCUUGACCCUGUUUUGGACAUGGUGA